UGGAAGCCCGAAGUGAAAAACUCCUUACACAGUUACAAUUUUCAUUGUCACGUUCAACUGUCAAUUGCAAAGACUGUAACGGAUCCUGUGAUUAUUUUUAUUUCGCUGCCAUUUUAAAAAGCCCGCAAGAGGAUGUGACGUCAGGAGAAAUGAGAACGAGAUUUUGUCAACUUCCGAAUCUUCACUACAGUUUGUUGAUUCAAGAUGGUGGAUUAUCAGCCUGUCCCGUCACACUAUCAACUUCUUACAGUUAUAGGUAAAGGUUGUGAAGAAGCAGCAUCUAUCUCUUUAGCGAAGCACCUACCUUCUGGCACGGUGGUUAGCAUUAAACGCAUCAAUCUGGAGAUGAUAGAGAAUGACUUUAAUAUAGUCAAGACAGAGAUCUUGAUGACAAGACAGCUACAACAGGAUAACCUAUUGACAUAUUACUGUACAUUUGUGCAUGGGAGAUAUAUCUGGUGUGUCAUGCCUCUCAUGGAGUAUGGCUCAUGUAAGGAUCUUAUCCAUGCUCACUUCACAGAGGGACUACCAGAACUAGCCAUCGCUUAUAUUCUACGAGAUGUUCUAAUGGCAUUAGACUAUCUUCACACCAGGGGCAUCAUUCAUAGGAGUGUGAAAGCAAGUCACAUUCUCCUAUCAGAGGAUGGUAGGGCAUAUUUAGGAGGUCUACAUUACUCACACGACAUGGUGUUCAAUGGGCAACGUGCUAGGAAGGUCCAUCAUUUUCCUGUGAGGGCCGCUGCUAGUCUCAACUGGCAUAGUCCAGAGUUGCUCGAACAGAAUAUGAAUGGCUAUGACACAAAGUCAGACAUCUACAGUCUUGGAAUCACUGCUUGUGAACUAGCUAAUGGUGCUACUCCCUUCCAAGAUCUACCCCCUAUGCAGAUGCUGCUAGAGAAGUUGAGUGGGACAGUUCCCAGACUACUAGAUGCUAAUACAUUACCAGAGACACUAGAUAUGGAGCAGGAACAAGGUGAGCUCCACAAUGACACGGCAUUAUUCCAGAGAUCUUUCACUCCACACUUUCAUAACUUUGUACAUCUGUGUCUCCAGGCAGACCCGUUUCAAAGACCAAAUGCAGCACAGCUACUGAACCAUCCAUAUUUGAAGAGAGCUAAGAGGAAAUCAUCUGCUGACAAUCUCCCUACUCUACUACAACCUGUUAAACCUCUCUCCCCAGAAGCAAUACUACCUAGAGAUACUUGUGAUGUGGAAGAUUUAGCUGAAAAAAUGUCUGAAGUUGAGGUCGAAGAAGCGUCUUGGAUUUUUUGACUGGUGGAAUUACAUUUUGAUGAAGACAGGAAUGCAUUUAUUAGGUGAAGUAGUAUGUAGCAGCAGUCUAAAAGUAUAGGAACUUGAACACAGAUUGAACAAUAGAACCAUGUGGACAAUAUUGGAACCAUGAUAUUUAAGUAUCUUAUCACAUCAAAGAAGAAUUCCUUCAGAUAACAAUUAAAUUGUUACUUUGUGUGGUAUAUGAAUAGUUCUACUACUUUAUGUGGUGUGUGAAAAUUUUACCUUUUAUGGUAACAUAUUAGGAUAGUUCUGCAAACUUAAAAGUUGUACAGACAAAUAGAUAGUCCUCAUUAUAUGACAUGAAUAAUUGUCUUACCUUAUAUAGACUUGAGACUUCUACUUCCUUAUAGAGAUAUAUAUAGAGACAUCUUCUACCUUGUAAGGUAUACAGAUCUACUACUCUAAAUACAUAGAUACUAGUUAUCCUUGUAUGAUAUGACAUCUAUAGUUCUGCUACCUUUUAUGGAAUAUGGAGAGGUCUGCUAACUUAUAUGGCAAUAUAGUGAAUGCUGAACCUCUAAUGCCAAAUGUUGAUAUAUGGAAUAUAGAAAUAAUGUUUAUAUUUUCAAAAAUUUUGUUUAUUUUAUAUUAUCAAAAUUAAAACAAAAUACUGUAGAUAUAAUUGUUUAAAUCAUAGAGAGAAUUUCUGAAACUUAUGUUUUGGGCAUGGUGCACAAGAAAGUGAGGAAUGUCUUGACAUACCA